AUGACGCGCUUGAGACUUGAACUCAAAGAUCGUUCUCUUGUGCGCCUAGAGGAACUCAAAAAACAAGCAGGAGUCCUCGGGAUUGUCGAAGAAGAUACUUUUCAAGUGGUUGUGGGUCCUGGACGCUCUGCUAAAUGGGGCGCCGAACUCAAAGAUAUGCUCGCUUCUGCUGGAGCCUUUCGUCGAGAAGAAAUCACUUCGUGGCAGGAAGAAAAAAAAUUCGUUAAAAGUCAACAAAAAGGACGACUCAAAGCAGCUCUUCGUUUAGUGGGUGAUAUUUUUGUUCCCCUUAUUCCGGCCAUCAUCGCAGCAGGUCUUCUUGGAGGUAUCGCAGGAUAUUUUGAAAAUCUCUAUCUUGCCGAAGGCUUCCGACUCGCCGAUGUCUCGAUCAUCGGACUCGAUGGGAUCUUUUUCCUUAGUUUCUUUAGAACCUUGAGCACGUCCUUUUUUUCUGUUCUUGCCAUCUUUGUCGGAAUCAAUGCAGCGCGGGUGUUUGGUGCUAAUAUGGCUCUCGGCGGUAUCUUAGGAGCUUUAACCUUGAGUCCUGAUAUUAAGCGUUAUGCAGAAGCUUUCGGCUUGCAUAAUGCAGAGAGUCCGUUGCAAAGCAUUCUUAUCCCUGGAAAGGGAGGGGUCCUCGGAGUCAUCUUUGCGGUCUUUCUCUUAGCGAUUGUCGAGAGACAUCUGCACAAAAGGAUCCCUGAUGCUCUUGAUACGAUCUUAACACCGACAAUUGCACUCAUCGUGAUGGGUCUUGUGACGGUUUUUGUUCUGAUGCCUCUGGCAGGCUUGCUCUCGGAUGCUUUAUUAGCUUUUUUGAGCUUGCUCAUCGGACAAGCCGGCCUUUUAGGAUUGCUGAGCGGUUUUAUUUUGGCAACGCUUUUUCUGCCUUUGGUUGUGGUCGGUCUGCAUCAUGGUCUGAUUCCCUUUUAUACGAUCCAGCUCGAGACAGAAGGCUCUAUUGCACUCUAUCCUAUUCUUGCUAUGGCAGGAGCUGGUCAAGUCGGCGCCGCACUCGCUUUGUGGUUGCGUUGUCCCCAUGACAACGUGCUGCGUAAUACGAUCCGUGCUGCCUUGCCUGUGGGUAUCUUAGGGAUCGGUGAACCUCUUAUUUAUGGAGUCACUCUUCCUCGUGGAAGGGCUUUUCUGACCGCAUGUCUCGGAGGAGGCUUCGGCGGAAUGAUCAUGGUGGCUUUUUCUGUUCGUUCCAUGGCUUUCGGACCUUCAGGGAUUACGGCCUUGCCUAUUAUUGUUCCUUCGAGCAUGCUCUACUACAUCCUGGGACUCUUGGUGUCGUAUCUUGGUGGUUUUAUCUUGACUUUCCUCUGGGGCUAUCAGGACUCGCAUGAGCUUCACUAG